CAAGUGCAGGGAGUUAGUGAAAGGGCUUGUAUAUCCUGUAAACUACCUACCGCUGUUGUGCUCUUCAGCAAAGCACUUUACACCUUAGUGAUCAAGGGGCACUGCUCGGCAGCAUAAAGAAUAUCUAUGCAAAUGGCCCAAUAAAGCAAGUAUUGUCUUGUAUAGACAGCAUAUGGCUGCAAUUUUCUUAUUUUACAUCUUGCGCUACUUGACUUCUACUUAAAGGGUAACUCUGCUACUUUUCAACCUCAUUUUCAUUAUCUCCAGCACCAAACCAGUGUACAUAUGUGGAAACAGCGUGUUUCUAUGAUCUGUGGUUAAAAAGAUAAGAAGAAGGUUCUAAAAAAUGCUUUUCUGUGACAUCACUGGUUAAGAUUAAAAGGAAGAAAAACUGGGAUUUUCAAAACCAGGUAUCCUCACUUUGACGAGACAGCCAUCACCCUGAUCACCAGCCUGUGGUCAGAUAUACAGUACCUCCUUACAUGGACGGUGCCUAUGAAAACAUUGAAAUGAACAACAUGCUGUUUUUCAAAGUACUGGAAAGUGAAUCAGCAAGAUCUCCUCGAGGUCUACCCCAUAAACAUCUCAGACUUUGGCUUCCCCUCCAGGAUGAAGGCUAUAGAUGCUGUACUUCACUUUCGCAUUGCCUGCCUCACAGUGUUCUUCACCGGGCAUGAGUGCUGGAGGCCCACCCCUCUCCUCCGUCUCAUCGACGGCCAACUAGCAUACACGGUGAGGCGCCUCCUGAAGGUUUGACCGCGGGGCAGGGGAUUCCAGUACCUGGUUGACUGAGAGGGUUAUGGCCCAAAGGAGAGGUGCUGGGUCCCAGCUAGGGACAUCCUGGACCCAAGCAUCAUCGCUGAGUUCCACCGUCGGCACCCCGGUCAACCAGGUAUACACCCAGGUAGGAUACCAGGUGGCUACUGUCACACCCUGAUCUGUUUCACCUGUCUUUGUGCUUGUCUCCACCCCCCUCCUGGUGUCACCCAUCUUCCCCGUUAUCCCCGGUGCAUUUAUACCUGUGUUCUCUGUCUGUUGCCAGUUUGUUUUGUCUCGUCAAGCCAACCAGAAUUAUUGUUAGUUCCUGUUUCCUCUUGUUAGUUCCUGUUUUCUAGUUCUCCCGGGUUUUUGACCAUUCGGCCUGCCCUGACCCUGAGCCUGCCUGCCAUUCUGUACCUUACGGACUCUGCCCUGGAUUACUGAAACCUGUCGUUUAUCUGCCCCCUGUUUCGUAAAUUAACAUUUGUCACUUUGAACUGCAUCGGGGUCUUAUCCUGAGGUCUGAUAAUUUAGCUGAUUUGACUAUUGAUUUGAUUUUUGUGUCUGAAUACAUUUUUAAGGUUAUUUUUUCUUCCAAAUGAUAGUACAUAAUGAACAGUUAGAUGUAUUGAUAAAAAGUACACACUUCAUUGGGAUAUAAAAUGAUUACCAUAAAGAUCAAUGACAAAUAACAAAUAUGACCAUGUGUAAAUACAGUAGAUGAAGGCAGGGUUUUUGUAAUUCUUUGUCAUAAUUCCUUUGUUGUGGAAAAUGUAUUUGGUGAUCUGUCAUCACCUUGAUUUCCUUCCUCUUGUUUGAUGGAGAGGGUUUUGACAGUGAUUACUCACCUGAGACAUUGCUCAACUUCCCAUGCUUUAAGCGUAUAUAAGACAAGCCCUGGCCACACACCACACAAACAAGAAGCUCUCAAGGAAGAAGCAUCAUGAAGACUUUCAAUCUGUGCUUACUACUAGUCAACCUGGCAAUAGUGGUUUACGCUUUGCCAAUAUCGCCACCUACUGAAGAAGAUGAAGCCCUUGCAGAGACGUACCUGAAGAAGUUCUUUAACCUGACGGAGGAGACGGGUCCAAUGUUCAGACGGGGGCCCAGCCAGCGGAGCAGGAAAGUCAGCGAGAUGCAGAGGUUCUUUGGCCUCAAGGUGACAGGAACCUUGGACGCUGAGACCGUAAAGAUGAUGAAGAAGCCACGCUGCGGGUUACCUGACGUCCAACUCAGCCGAUUCAGUACCUUCGAUAACCUUAAGUGGCCGACAAACCAGCUUACCUACAGAAUUGAGAACUACACUCCUGACAUGUCUGUGGCUGAGGUGGACAACUCUAUAGAGAGAGCACUACAGGUGUGGGCUAAGGUCUCCCCCCUAAGGUUCACCCGUAUCUACCGCGGCACCGCUGAUAUCAUGAUCUCCUUCGGCAACAGAAAUCAUGGUGAUUUCUACCCCUUCGAUGGCCCUGAUGGUACCCUGGCCCAUGCCUUCUCCCCCGGCGCUGACAUUGGAGGAGAUGCUCAUUUUGAUGAUGACGAGUACUUCACCUUCAGCUCAACCAGAGGGUACAACCUGUUCUUGGUGGCUGCCCAUGAGUUUGGCCAUUCCCUGGGUCUCAGCCACUCCAACGACCCUGGAGCGCUGAUGUUCCCAGUGUACAGCUACACAGAGCCCAGCACCUUCUCUCUGCCACGUGAUGAUGUCACCGGUAUCCAGUACAUAUACGGCCCAAACCCAGAUGUUAACCCCAACCCAGAUAAGCCCGACCCUACACCUGCUUCCACCCCUGACGCAUGUGACCCCACCCUGGUCCUGGAUGCUGUCACCACUCUGCGUGGGGAGAAGAUGUUCUUCAAGGGCAGGUUCUUCUGGCGUAUUUACCCUCAAAGCAGCAAACCACAUCAGAACCUCAUCAAGACUUUCUGGCCUGAACUCCCCGACAACAUCAAUGCUGCUUAUGAGAGCCAGCUAUCUGACAGAGUGUUCCUCUUUAAAGAUCGUCAGGUCUGGGCUCUCUAUGGCUAUGACAUCGCCCCCGGCUAUCCCAGAAACCUGAAGAGCUUGGGUCUGCCCAGGACCGUGAAGAAAGUUGACGCCGCCCUGUACGAUGAACAUUCUCGCAAGACCUUGUUCUUUGUUGGCGACAACUACUACAGCUACGAUGAGGAAAUGAAAAGCAUGGACAGCGGUUUCCCCAAGCGUGUGGAUGAACAGUUCCCAGGCAUGACAAGCAAAGUGACUGCAGCCUUCCAAGUUCGAGGCUUCACCUACCUCUAUAGUGGCCCCUACGUUUUUGAAUACAGCAUGAGGACCAGAAGACAGUUCCGUGUGCUAGGAAACAACUACUUCCUGCCUUGUUAGACCAUCAACCAUAAUGAAAUGCUUAAGAAGCAGCCGUGAACAAUGAUGAAUUUAGCCAAAUGACAAAGUUGUUUCAAACAUGAAGUUGUUGUAUUUUUGGGAGAUUUUAGAGAUUUGUUUUCUAGGAAAUAUUAUUGCCAUAUAUCUAUUUAAAUAAAUAUUUAUGUAUCUAAAUUAUUUUAUAUUUUUCUUGACUAAAUAAUCUGAAAACAUGAAUGUAUUGAAUGUAGGCCAAACAUAUUUGUACAUGUUGCAUAUUCAAAUAAAUUCCAGGUUCUUGUGA